AUGGUGUGUAUUCCAUCCCUCGGCCGCCAAAACCAGAAACAACAUUUGCUUACCCGUCCGAUUGUCUCAUGCCAGACCAAUCAUACUAGCAAUGAGACGACACUGCCAUCCAAGACCAACAGGCCAAACAAACGACCAAUAAUUACUGACGAGCGCUCUGUCAAUGAACGGGCCAAUAAACAAGCCAAGACAGCCGAGAGAGAUCCGAGCUAUGUGCCUGAGGAAGACGGCGAGGGUUCGCAAUUUUCGGAGGGCGAAGAUAUUGCUCAUGAUAGCUCGUUGAGCACCGUGCAUGGUCGAACGAGAAGUUCGGCGAACUCCUUGGCAAAGAUUAGGGCUCAAAACGUCGCGAUACGGCCGAUAUCUCACAAUCCCAGGAAUACCACGAGCUUACAGACAGGUGCUUCAGAUAAGGCAGCUUCAGAGUCCCCUACCCGGGCUAGACCAACUAGGGGCCCUGAGAGGAUUCUAGGCUCUGUUCACAAUAGCAAUCCUGUGUCGACCACUACAGCAAUGCAAAGUAUCAGCCGGCCCAAAGCCAAUCCUAGCAAUCCCCCUUCUAAAGCUUCGCAGCCGGGAAGGGUCACUACGCAAAUAGAAAGCCUGGAUCCGAGCACGACACACGACCUAUUCUCCAGCCUGGUGAAAUCUAUUGCUGAUCAUAGAAAAUCGUAUGAAUUGCUGCCAAAAUUCCCUGAGAGGCAAGGGAGUGAGCUCAUUACGUGGAGUCUUCUCGGCAUGAUCUCUGAUGCUCUUUCUUAUCCAUCAGCUCAGCUACGUAAUGAAAAGCAAACACGAGAGCUUCAGGAAUUUAGGUCCGUGGUCGACACACAGGAACAGGGCCGAAAAUCCCUGGAGGCAGAGCUAUCGAAAGCCAGGGGCGAGAUAGCUGAAUUAAAACAACAACUCAAGUCAACUCAAUCUCAGGGUUGCAAAGAAUGCCGCCGACUGCAAGAGCGAAAUACGGCUCUGGAAGAGAAGCUCAGCCUUUUUAAGCGCGUGAGUAGGCAACUUCUCUCCGGCUCAGAAGAGAAACAGCCCCCUCCCGGCUCGUCGACGCCUACCAUAGCGAUAUCUGGUUGA